AUGAAUAGCGAAGCAAAUGGCCAGCAGGAAAGCGCACAUAAAAGCAAGAACGUCAAGAAGAAGAAAUUUUCUUUAUCUGGGGGCAUAAACAUCCGUCAUAGAUCCCCUUCAACAGUUGUACUACCACAACCAUAUGAGUAUUCAUCGAGGCAUGGCCACAACGACAGAUAUACAGACACUCCGAUGGAGCUUCCAGGCUCUGCUCCUAAAGACCCACCAGUCGAGCUUGAUGAUACUGCUUGUGAUGUUGUUAGUGAGACUUCAAUGGCUACUCAGCGGAGACUUGAUCACGACAAGAUGACCUCUCCUCAAGACGUCCAACAUGUUCACUAUCCGGGCUCCUCAAAGAAUGAGCCAGGUAGUAUAAUGACAAGAGAUGGGGUAGUUCUCACACCGAAUUUGACUUGCGAUAAUGAAAAUCGCCAUCGAAUUGAGGGGGUAAACCACGUCACGAGCUUCAUGACUUAUCGUGCAAAUGAAUCGUCACGGUAA